GCGUUCCCACAGCCCGACCUGCAGUCCCUGGAGCUUGGCGUGAGCUGAAGGAGUGCGGCGGAAUUUAAAGCCACCUCCAGCUUCAUUUGCGCCUUUCUCUCAGUCCUCUCCGUCUUUUCAGUCUUCUCCCUUCCACCCCUCGUUCACGCAUAUUAGCGCGUUUCGCGUUAAUCAACACCCGCUCAUUGUCGUUUCUUUUCCCAUCCUCAAUCCCCAGCGACUUCAGUCGGCUCCACCGCCAAGAUGCCACCCAGGCGCAGCGCCAGAAACGCGGCAGCAGCGCCAGCUGUCCGGCCGCUGGAUGGCCUCGUCAUUGCGCUCAGCGGCACCUUUGACUGCUCUCAGGCUGACGCGAAGGCCAAGGUCGUCGGCCUCGGCGCCACCGUUUCGGCGUCGGUCACCAAGUCCACGACCCAUCUCGUCACCACCGAGCAUGACUUUCUGCGCAACACCACCAAGGUCAAGGCCGCCACCUCCAAUGAUCUGCCGAUUGUUAGCUUCGACUGGCUGGUAGACUGCGAGGCCAACGACAAGCGCGAGCCGGAGAAUGCCUACGAUGUCGGCAAAUCUGCCACUGCAGCACAGGCCGCUGCUCAGGCACAGUCGCAGUCGCAGAAGUCGCAAGCCAGUGCCAAGACCGGCAAAGGCAAGGGCAAGAAUGCCGCCUCAUCCGCCGCAGCCUCUGCCGCCGCUUCGGAGGCGGAGGAGGAGGAGGAGGAGGAAGAGGAGGUCAAACCCAAGCCCAAGCCCAAGGCAAAAGCGACCAGGGGAAGGGCCGCCAAGGGCAAGGCUGCGUCCGCCGUGGCGUCCGAGGCAGAGGAGGAGGAGGAGGAGGAGGCCAAGCCCAAGGCAAAAGCAACCAAGGGAAAAGCUGCGAAGGGCAAAGCUGCAUCCACUGCUGCCUCUGCUGCAGCUUCCGAGGCAGAGGAGGAGGAGGAGGAGAAGGUCAAGCCCAAACCCAAGGCGAAGGCUACCAAGGGCAAGGCUGCCGCCAAACGCGCUACCUCUACUGCUGCCUCAGCAGCCGCGUCUGAUGAUGAGGGCAAGAAGCCCAAGCCCAAGGGAAAAGCCAAAGCGGGGGCCAAACGCACCUCGACUGCCGCUGCUGGCUCUGAUGAUGAGCCAGACACCAAGCCAUUGGUGAAGCGCGCGAAGAAGGGCGCCAAUGGAGCUGCCAACGGCGCUGAUGCUGACUCUGCCGAUGAUGCGAAGCCUGCGGCGCCCGCCAAAGGCAAAGCGACAGCCAAGUCGGCAAAGGUCAAGAAGGAGGACAAGGCCGACAAGGCACCCGCUGCGGACGGGCAGAUUGCCCGAUCCAAGAAUCUGCAGGUUCCCCUUGAUGAGGCCUGCACCAUGGUCGGUUAUGCAGUCUACAUCGACGACCAGGGCCACAUUUGGGACGCGUCGCUCAACCAGACGAACGCUAGCAACAACAACAACAAGUUCUACCGGGUCCAGAUCAUCAGGGAUGGUAAAGGAGACUUCAAGACGUGGACGCGCUGGGGCCGGGUCGGCGAGCUUGGCCAGAAGGCCAUUCUCGGAAAUGGAACUGCCGAGGACGCAAUCAAGAACUUCGAGAAAAAGUUCAAGGACAAGUCUGGCCAUUCCUGGGAGGACCGCCUCGCGCCUCCCAAGGCCGGCAAGUACACCUUCGUCGAGCGGAGCUAUAACGAAGACUCGGACGACGAGGAUGAGGUCAUGGCCGAUGACGACGACGACGACGAGGCCAAGGACAAGUGGAUCCCACCGACCUGCUCGCUCGAGGAGCCGGUCCAGGACCUGAUGAAGCUCAUCUUCAACAAGCAGUACUUUGCUGCCGCCAUGUCGGAGCUCAACUACGACGCCAACAAGCUGCCGCUCGGCAAGCUGAGCAAAUCGACCAUCAGCCGCGGUUUCCAGGCGCUCAAGGACCUUUCUGCGCUGCUGGAUGACCCUUCCCAGGCUCAGGCGGACUACGGGAUGGACGCCGACUCUGCCAUCGAGCACCUCUCCAACUCGUACUAUUCCGUUAUCCCCCACGCGUUUGGUCGUGACCGCCCGCCCGUCAUCUGCGAGGAGUCGCUCCUUAAGAAGGAGGUGGAGCUUCUCGAGAGCCUGAGCGAUAUGAAGGACGCCAACAACAUCAUGGGCAAGGACAAGGUGGUGGCGCGCGACCCUGUCCACCCUCUGACAAAGUUGUACAACGGCCUGAACCUGGAGGAGAUGACGGCGCUGCAGUACUCGAGCGACGAGUUCAAGCUGAUCAAGGACUACCUCAACGACACGCGCGGCGCCACCCACGGCCACAACUACACGGUCAAGGACAUCUUCCGCAUCGAGCGCGCCGGAGAGCACGAGCGGUUCGACAAGGAGUCUCCCUUGGCCGGCCCGCCACAAGACAGGCGUCUGCUGUGGCACGGCUCGCGCGUCACCAACUUUGGAGGCAUCCUCAGCCAGGGUCUCCGCAUCGCGCCUCCCGAGGCUCCCGUGUCGGGCUACAUGUUUGGCAAGGGCAUCUACCUGGCCGACAUGUCGUCCAAGUCGGCCAACUACUGCUGCUCGUACAUCUCGGGCGGCGAGGCCCUGCUGCUCCUGUGCGAGGCCGAGCUGGGGAAGCCGAUGCAGGAACUCACGAAUGCCGACUACGAGGCCGGCGAAAAGGCGCAAAAGAACGGCAUGUACUCGACCUGGGGCAAGGGCAUGACGGGGCCCAAGGAGUGGCGCGACGCCGGCGCCGUUCACGACAGCCUCGAGGGCACCACCAUGCCCGACACAAGCGUCAAGCCCGGACCGACAAAGGUGCAGGGCGCGUACCUGCAGUACAACGAGUUUAUCGUCUACGACGUCUCGCAAGUGCGGCUGCGAUACCUGCUCAGGGUCAAAAUGUGAGGGUCUUGGCGCGCGCGCGUUUGGAUGGAGUCGGGGGUGAUGAUGGAAUCCUGGAUCUGGUUGGUUGGUGUUGGGGGGGUGUUUGGAGUGCCGGCCAGCUGGACAUGUAUGGGCAAGGUAAUGAUGGACUGAUGUGGACCUAAAACAGGGUUGAUUUUGCGAGGCUAUUCUUUUGAUGACAGCUCAGAUGUACUCACUCACGCGUGGCAGCAAGGUCUCCAGCGUUUCGUUGCUUUAUUUUACCUCGUGGGCUUACAUGGUGGCAAACGCUAGGAAAAACAGCUGUUUUCUGCUUUGAUGACAGCUAGUCUGCAGUAGCAUGCUGUUACAUGGAGAGUUUGAGAUACUCGCCCGAAUAAACCACACAAACUUUUCCUGA